CAAGUGACUCGACUCAGUUUCAGUCACUCGACUACAUGUAGCACUCGACUAGCUAGCACUCGAAGAUGAGAACCCGCACUUCGAAGGGCAAAAGAGAAAUGAGAAAGACUGAAUAGAACGCUCGAAACCACCUUCAGGAUCAAAUAGACACCGUCGUUGCUACAUGGUACCGCCAGCUAGACAAAAGAGUUGCAUGAAAGAAGGAAAGAAUGUUGAGGAAUAGCGUUUGUCAUUUGCCCAGUAGAUUCUUAGUUUCUGCUCGACGAUCCUUGGCGACCACCCGGACUCUGCCAACAUCCACUGAAUCCUCAAGUCACCAACAAUCCAUCAGCAGUACCGGUUCCCUUCAUUGGGUGGGAGCUGCCGGUCUUUUGACUCUCCUGUCCUAUCAUACUUCUAGUAGAAAAAGUAACAAGGAAUGUUCCAAAUGCCACGGUGCCUCCAUUUCUUCCUCUGAACAACGCCAGCAAUGGAUGGCAUCUCUCAAAUCAUCAUUUGUGGGCAUCGACGAACAACAAUUGCCAGAAUACACUUUGGAGCAAGUGGCGCAACGAAAUGGCAUUCAUAGCAGUCACAUCUGGAUGUCAUAUGGUGGGUUUGUGUAUGAUGUGACGGACUUUAUCCCUCUGCAUCCGGGAGGGACGGAUCGCAUAUCCCGGGCUGCCGGUGCCGCUAUUGAGCCAUUCUGGUACCUUCAUCAGCAGCAUUUUGACACCCAAGAACCUGUGGAAAUACUGAAAAAAUUGGUGGUAGGAAGACUGGCGGAAUCAGAUCAAAGAGUCGUUGAUGACAAGCUAGAAACACUUCAGGAAGAAUUGGAAAGUUUUCACCUAGAGCUGGAUGUUUCCAAGUUGGAUAAGAACAAUAGCCCAACCCCAACCAAGCUAUCUUUGAACGAUCUCAAGGCACUUCCCAAAACUGACCGCAAGAGCCAAGUGGGAUGCCCCAACCAAAACCAAAAUCGACGCCCUGUCUCUGUUUCUCUGUUCGGGGGGGUACAAUUGAAACAUAUUUUGGCGGCGUCAACCAAACACACAAGAGUUGGUAGAAUCGUCUUUCAUGCCAUGGACGGGGAACAAUACACUCUGGAAAUCACUGGCGACACCAAAGAGUCCUACCAAGAUAUCCUGGUUUGCUACGAAAUGGAUGGGCUCCCACUGACCAAGAGCCGAGGCUUUCCUCUACGGGUAAUCAUCCCUGGCAAACGGGCAGUCAAAUGGGUUGAAAAGAUUGAAGUCCAUCCACCAAGCAGAUAGGUGGUUACUACCUUAUUUAGUUAGGUUAUCUUCCAGACCAGUGGACAACUUGCGCCUACUGUCUCGUUUUACGAUUGCUGAGAACAGGCAAUUAUUGUCUUCUAUUUAGUUAGACCUAGGUUUCAAUCACAUAGAAGAAGGCCAAUGGCUGUCUCUGCAGAUUAUCCCCCGGCUGCUUGGUACGGCACCGUUGUAAUAUUGUGAGAAUUGCAUCAACUACAGUACGCUAUCUUUGCUCAGCCGAUGUCUGCUUUUAGAAACAACUAGCUAUGUUCUACGGGUUAGGAUUUCCUUUGCCCAGUCUGUCAGCUAUCGGGACGAAUGCAUCUCCAUCUUUUGGAGUGGCGGGUAGUUCUCCCCGGAUUACAUAAGCAAGAGUGUCAACAACUUGUUCUGGUUCUUCGCAGACAACGUUGGCUGAUCCGUUCACUUCUUUCAGCAUGUGAGACAAUCUGUAAAAAGCGUCCAAAUAUAUGGUUUGAAGAGGGAGAAAAGAGUUAG